UUGUUUUCUGUUUCUGUGAAGAAUAUGUUUUUAAAAAUAUAUAUAUAUAUUUUAUUUUAUUUUAAGUCACUGUAUAAACAUAUCCUAUCAUAAAGUCGACCAAAAAUAAAUAAAUAUAGCACACACGACCUACUUUUGUCACAAUAGAGUAUGGUAUAUAGCUUUUUUUUUUUUUUUUUUUGAUGCACAACUCAUGAAACUAAAAUGAUAAAAGCAUUGCAAUUAUUAGCUAUUGCAACUAAUACGUUUUACACAUUUAUAACAUUUAUCAAAAGACGUAUUUGUCAUAACAUCUUAGAGAAUUAUUCUUGUCAGAAAGCAAGUUAGUAAACCAACUGAUGUGCUUAUAAGUAUGAAGUUAGCUUGGCUUAAUUUAAGUUUACUUCUAAAUUGCAACUUCUAUUCCAGUACAGCAGGUGGCGAUGUAGACUUCCACUCCGGAUACGCUGCUCUUCAAGAACAAGCCGUUCAAAUGCGCAGUUGACUCGACGGGAAGUUAUUCUAGUUUUUAGUUUACAACAUUGUAGGUUCUUGCGAAUGUGUCUUUUACAAUUACAGCAUGCUACCAAAAGACAAUUAAGUAACUUUUCGUUAAUACCAAAUUCUUAAAUAUUAGUAUCUGUUUAUUCUAUAUUCAUCCAACCAAAAAGCACAGGGGAAAAUAAAUCAUUAUUUUGCCUGUUGUCGGAAUAACUUCCGAGCUUCCGUUACAGUCAGUUAACGUUACUGGGUUACGGGUUUUAAUUUGGCUCCGUCCAUAAGGAUGAACCAAACCAGCCAAAGUAAAGCGGGUGAAAGUGAAAGUAUACAGAAGAUGGAGAAUCAUCACAAUCAGCCUGAGAGCAGCAGCUCUGGAGCGGAUCUUCUUUCCAGGAUGGCUCUCAAUGAUAACAAAGCUGGCAUGGAGGGGCUGGACAGAGACAGGAUCAACAAGAUCAUUCUGGAAACCUCCAAGGGAUCAAAAUUUUAUGAGAAUGAACUGAAGAAGGAGCAGCAGGUGAAUCAGCGCAUUGAAAAGAUGAUGGCAAAAGCAAGAAUCACGAAAGAACAGCUGAAGCAAGCGCAGUCAGAGGUGAACACGCUGACGUGUGAACUGGAGAAGAGUCGAGAGCUGGGCCGCGUGAUAGUUCAUGUAGACAUGGAUGCGUUCUAUGCUGCUGUAGAAAUGAGAGACUGUCCGGAGCUGAAGGACAAACCGAUGGCAGUGGGAUCCAUGAGCAUGCUGUCAACCUCCAAUUACCAUGCUAGGAGGUUUGGUGUCCGUGCUGCCAUGCCAGGGUUCAUUGCUAAGAAGCUCUGUCCGAAUCUUGUCAUUGUGCCCACUAACUUUGACAAAUACCGAGCAGUGAGUGCCCAGGUAAGGGAAAUAUUUUCCGAAUAUGACCCUCAUUUCAUGCCUAUGAGUCUGGACGAGGCUUAUCUGGACAUCACUGAGCACCUGGAGCAGCGGCAGCACUGGCCAGAGACCAAGCGAACAUAUUACAUCUGUGAUGCUAAAACAGGGAAUGAUGCAGACAGGUCUGUGGCUGAAUCUGAGAGAGAUGGGCUGUCUCCUGUGCUGUUCGAGGACAGUCCCAGUUCCUCGCCCUCUCUCUCAGGGGCAGAAAGAAGAGCGGAGGUGUUUGGGACGAGUACAGAGGAAGCUGUGAGGGAGAUGCGCUUCCGUAUUCAGCAGAAAACAUCUCUUACUGCCAGUGCAGGCAUUGCCCCAAACAUGAUGCUUGCAAAAGUAUGCAGUGAUAAGAACAAACCUAACGGCCAGUACAGAAUUCCUCCUGAGAGACAAGUUGUGAUGGAGUUUGUGAAGGAUCUUCCUGUCAGAAAGGUGUCUGGUGUUGGAAAGGUUACUGAGAAGAUGCUGGCUGCUUUGGGUAUUGUCAACUGUGACCAACUGGGCCAGCAGAUGGCGUUACUAUCCCUGCUUUUUUCGGGAACGUCUUGGCAUAAUUUCCUUCACAUAUCUUUGGGUUUGGGCUCCACAUGUAUCGGGAGGGACUCUGAAAGAAAAAGCAUGAGCACUGAGAGGACAUUUGGGGAGAUGAGUGAUUCAGAGGAGCAGUAUUCCUUGUGCAGAGAUCUCUGUCAUGAUUUAGCACAGGACCUUCAACGGGAAGGCCUUAAGGGCAAAACUGUUACUUUGAAGCUGAAGAAUGUCAAAUUUGAAGUGAAGACCAAAGCCUUCACACUACAGUACGCUGUCUGCACUGAGGAGGAGAUCUUUGCUGCUGCUAAGGAACUUCUCAGAGUUGAGAUUGACAGCGUCAGCCCUCAGCCACUAAAACUGAGACUCAUGGGCGUUCGAGUGUCUGGCUUUAUCAGCGCUGAAGAUAAAAAGCCUCUUCAGAGGAGUAUAAUGGGAUUCCUGCAGAAAGGUGGAUCUGAUUCAGGCAGUUUCACUCAGUGUGCUGGAUCUGUGCUCAAAGCAGAAGAAGACAGUGAUGGUGCCAGUUUCCUAAAGCCGCAGUCCACCGAGAUGAAAGCACCUUCUGUGUCUGAGCAAAAACACAAAUCUAUAGCACCUCAGCAGCAAUCGUUUUUUCAAAGAGCGCAGUUGAAAAGACUUCAGCAGCAGCAGGUACAAAUGUCCGUCAGCGCUGGUACAGACACAACAAACAAUAGUGCUAACGCAGCUGCUGCUACACAGACAGAUCUACCAACAACAAACACCCUGUCAGACACAACAUCAGCAAAAAGUUUGUCAAAUACAAACUCAGGGACAGACUCAACAAGCUUCAUAAACAGACCUGCAGUAUUCAAGCCAUCGUUUAAAAUCUCAACCCAGGCGCUGCAGUUUCUCACCUGUCCUGUGUGCAACACGGAGAUGAAGGAUGUAAACCUUACAGCCUUCAACCACCAUAUUGAUGAAUGUCUGGGCAGUGCAGUGGGUAAUGAACACACACAUUUAGAUGCGCCUAUGGAACAGGAAGAGUUUGAUAGCAAACCACCUCCAUCAAGUUCAGAAAGCAAGACUCAAAAAUCCUCAAGCCGCAAUCCAUCCCGUAGAGAAGAGAAGCCGUCCACGAGCAACUCUAUGCCAAUCACGGAAACUGAUGACGACAGUGAUUUCAAGACUCCAUUUUUUAGUCACAGGACAAAAAUAAAUGGAAAGAGUUGUGUUAUUUCUAAAAAGAAGAUGCCUGUUUCUGAAGCAUCACCCGCAACACACAGUCUUGAGGUUGCCACAGAGAUGUCAUCUGACUCGAAAGGCUCGUCUUUGACGUGUCCCGUGUGCAGUCAGCCGCAAAGCACCGACGACCUCGCUCUCUUCAACCGGCAUGUGGAUAUGUGUCUCAACCAGGAAGUUCUGCUGGAGUUUAGAGAAUCUCAUCCUCCUGUGGGCCAUUCAGAUGAAGCAGCACUCAGGAUACAAGGCCAACUGAAGGACCAGGGAAGAGUUUCUAAAGUGAGAGAAAAAAGCAAAAGGCAGGGAUCAUCUCCUCUUCCUCCCUCCAAGAAAAUCAAAGUGUUGAGCACAAAACACACAAUCGACAAGUUCUUCAAAAGUAAUUCCAGACAGAAAGUCUAAUUCUUUUACAAAUCCAGAGAGAUAAACAUGUUGUUUUAUUUAAGAAGAGACUUCAUAAUCCAUUUUGCUUUGGGUUCACUUCAGGGAAUAUGUUGAUGGAACAAGGAAGAAAUAUGGUGUAGAACAUCAGGUGUUUAAUAAGAUGAUUUUUGAUAAGCUAUGUUUCAGAUGAUACUUUGACACAAAGCUGAAAAACUGCUUAGGUAUAUAUUUUUUGGUUUUAUUGAAAUGUGUAUUUGUAUGGUGGAAAAAUGCUUCACAUUGUGCUUCAAAUUAAUGCUAAUGUUUAUGUAGAUCAUUGAUGUUACAUGUUUGUACAUGUACAUAUAUAUGUGAAGGAAAGGCUAAAAUAUGUUUAAAUAAUAUUAUUAUAUGCAUCAAUAGAAAUAAGCAUUUAAUUUUGUAUGGUUAUCGUAAAGCACUUUAUAAACCAUGACUUAAGCUUACCAUCUAAAUUAUACAGAUAUACCAAAUUAAUGUAAGUAUUAUAAUUGAUCAAUUUUACAUGUACAGUAUUUAUCUAAUUUGCACAAAAAAAUUAAAUAAAAUGAACAAAACAUUG